UCUCCACCCCCGGGGACAGCUGACUGCACUUACAAUGCCUGACACCAAGCCAGACAGCCAAGUGCUCCAGGUCUUUUCCUUGCAGUUACUCGAAUCCGUCUAGUUCGUUUAUUACUUGGGGACUGACUGCAGGCGUCUUCUCCCACCCCCAUCAGCACCUCCCCUGCCCACUCAGACUAUAAGUGUGGUUCAGAAAAGAAAGGAAAGCUGUCCCACAGACCAAGGGCUACAGGAAAGAACCCGCCUCUUGUAAUUUACUUUUUUAAAAAGAACAAAAACAAAAAAAAAGCUACGAGAGCUAAAGUCUUCCCCCACACCCUUCUCCUCCCCCUUUCCCUUCCUUCCCCUCCUCCUCCAUCUUCUUUGAGCUGCUGAGAUUCUCCUACGUCCAGCCUCUACGCUGAUCCGGAGGAGAAAAGAGCUGUUCUCUGGAAGAUGGCGAGAAGGAGCCGCCACCGCUUUCUCCUCCUGCUGCUGAGCUACCUGGGGGUAGCCCUGGGCUAUCACAAUGCAUAUGGAUUCUCUACCCCAAGAAACAAUCAAGUUGUUACAGCAAUAGAGUUUCAAGCAAUUUUAUCCUGUAAGUACCAAAAGAAAACAUCUCCUUCAAGAUUGGAAUGGAAGAAACUUGGACCCAGUGUUUCCUUUGUUUAUUAUCAGCAAGCUUUUCAAGGUGAUUUUAAGGAUAGAGCUGAGAUGCUCAAUUUCAGCAUCAGAAUUAAAAAUGUGACUAGAAAUGAUGCUGGACAGUAUCGCUGUGAAGUUAGUGUACCAUCUGACCAAGGUCAAAACCUUGAAGAGGAUAUUAUUACUCUGGAAGUAUUAGUGGCACCUGGUGUUCCAUUAUGUGAAGUCCCCAGCUCAGCUCUGAGUGGAACCGUAGUGGAACUGAAAUGUCAAGAUAAAGAAGGUUUUCCAGCUCCUGAGUAUACUUGGUUCAAGAACGGUGUUCAUUUACUAGAAAAUCCCAAAGGUGGCCACAAAAUCGCCAACAUCUCUUACACAAUGAAUAGGAAAACUGGAACUCUGCAAUUUAACAGUGUUUCAAAACUUGACACUGGAGAGUAUUUUUGUGAAGCCCGCAAUUCAGUUGGAUAUCACAAAUGUCCUGGGAAGCAAAUGCAAGUCGAUGACCUCAAUAUAAAUGGUAUCUUAGGAGCUGUAGUAACUGUGGCCUUAUUGAUUUUACUUUGCGGCCUUGGAGCUUGCUAUGCUCAGAAAAAAGGUUACUUUGCAAAAGAAAACUCCUUUCAGAAGAACAAUUCAAACUCUAAAGCUGCUAAAAUGAAUGAAUGUGAUUUCAAGCACACAAAGUCCUUUGUAAUUUAGAAGACUUCUUACUUUGAGAUAUACCUAAACCACUGUUUGUAAAAACAAAUUAUUAAAAACGAUAUUAAAAACUGUGCUUUGUCUUACAUUUAACAAAAGCUACAUAAUGAAAUCAGAAAGAUAAUUUUUGGUAAAAUUUUAUUGUGACCGCUAUAGUAUUUGAAAUACAACAUUUUAAAGAAAUAGUCUUAAGCACUUCAUGUAAUGAAUUUUUUGUUGUUGUUUGGAGUUCUUGUGCCUUACUUGUAAGUUACCAGUAUCACAAUGUCCUUGUAUGUAUGUAUUUUUGAAUUUCUUUCUACUAUUUCUGUCCUAUUUGGCAGCUUAGGUAUCUUCUCACAGCUACUGCUAUUUCUGAAAGAAAACAUUUAAAUAGCUUACACUGAAAUCCAAACUGUCCUUACUGCACAAGAAAAUGCCAGCCUAAUAUACCUUCUUUGUAGGCACUCAGAUGGGGGUAGUUCAGAACACACUUUGAAAUAAAGGGUUUAUUUGAACAUAUAACUACCAAAAUCCUGUUUUUCUAUCCCAAGACAAACCUUGUUCACCUAUAUGAGGGAAUUCAUAUAGAAGUAUAUUUGCAUAAAUUCCAUACAUUUUGUUUUUGUUUCUCUACUUCAUAACAAAAAAGAAAAGCAAGGAAAUUCAGGAAAGCAAGAGUGGAUGUUGUGUACGAUACCCUUUACGUGUCUUGAAGCCAGAAAGACAAUUGUUAAGAUAUAUCUGCUUUCAAUCACAAUUCUAGCACUUAACAAUUGACUGACUCUGGGUAAGUCUUUGUGAUCCUCAGUUUUCCUAUCUCUCAGUAUGGGGAUAAUAAUAUCUGUAUCAUUUACUUCAUAGGGUUGUUGUUGUAAAGAUCAAAUGAGAUGAUAUUUGUAAGGUACUUUACAAAACUUAAAGUGUUAUAUGUGUCAGCUAUAACAAUGAUGACAAUGACAAUAACAAUUCCUCUUCUUUCUCUUCCUUUUAAUACAUUCAAAGGUUAGAAACUUUGAACUAGGCAAGGAAGGCAGUUAUCUAGGGCAAAAUUUGUUUCAAGCAAUACUUUUAUUAUUACUGUUUUAAAAUGCACAUGUUCAUAGUGCCAAAGCAUUCUAUUCUUCAUGGCAAAUUUAUUUUGAGAAGUCAUAUGGUAUAGUGAAGAAUAGCAGUGUUUCCCAACCUAUGGGUUAAAAAGCCCACAAGAGGGGUAGCUAGGUGGCACAGUGGAUAAGGCACUGGCCCUGGAUUCAGGAGGACCUGAGUUCAAAUACAGCCUCAGACAUGUGACACUUACUAGCUGUGUGACCCUGGGCAAGUCACUUAACCCUCAUUGCCCCCCCCCAAAAGCCCACAAGAGUAGCAGAGUUAUUAUAAGGGAUCCAUCUCAUUUAAAUGACUUGUUAUAAUUAAUAAGCAAACAUAUCUUCUGUUGGCUGAAUAAAUGGCAAAUAUAUAUAUAUAUAUUUUAAAAGAUUCUUACUGAUAUAUUUUGUUUUUGCAUCACCUAUAUUUCCUCAUGUAUCCCUCCUCCCACACAUAACCAACCUUUAUAACAAUUUUUCUAAGAGGAAGAUGAAAAAAUGUCAUCAAAACCAAUCAAUGCAUAAAAAAGUUUCACACUUUCUACCCACAAUUCUGUAAAAGAGCUGGGGCACAGUAUCCCCUCUUAUCUCUUCUUUGUGGUCAGCCUUGUUUUUAAUAAUUUCACAACAUUCAGUUUUGAUUAUGUUGUGAUUCUUAUUGUUUCCAUCAUUAUAAUCAUUGCUUAUACUGUUUUCCAGGCUCUGCUUUCUUCACUUUACAUCAAUCCAUAUGUCUUUCCAUGUUUCUUUUAGUCAUCAUUUUGUCAUUCCAUAAUAUUCUAUAACAUGUAUAGCCAUUCCUCGAUCAAUGGGCAAUUACUUUGUUUCAAAUCUUUGUGAUAAAAAAAAUGCUACUAUAGAUAUUUUAUUGUAUAUGAAAUCUUUAUUUUUUUUUUGAACAAUGGCCUCCUUUUGGUAGAUGCCUAGCAAUGGAAUUUCUAGGUUAAAGAACAUGGAUACUUUGGUCACUUUUUGGGGGCAUAAUUCCAAAUUGUUUUCCAGAAUGGGUGUGUUAUUACACAGUUCCACCAGCAUUGCAUUGCCUGUCUUUCCCCAACCAUAUUGACCAUUCCUAUCUUUUAUCAUCUUUGAUAUUUUGCUGGGUGUGAGAUAAAACCUAAGGGUUAUUUUGAUGUGCAUUGCUCUUACUAUUAGUGAUUUGAAACAUUCUUUCAUGUGGUUGUUAAUUGUUUGCAAUUCUUCUUUAGACAAUUGUUUCUUCAUAUCCUUUGACCAUUUUCUCUAUUGAGAAAUGAGUUUUGGACAUGUAUUCUUAUUAUGUGAUACAAAUUUUUUCCCCAUUGAUCGCUUUCCUUUUUAACCUAGAUGUAUUAAUUUUUUCUAUGUAAAAGAUUUACAAUUUUAUGUAAUUAUAAUAGCCUCUUUUACCUUUUGUAAUUAUCUUUAUCCUCUAUUUGAUUAAGAAUUCACCCCCAAAGUCAUGAAAAGUAAAUGUUUCUUUUCCAAAAUUUUUAGGGUGCUAUCAUUAAUUUUCAGAUCACACAACUAAUUUGAAUUUGUUGUGGAAUAGGACAUUAGAUGUUGGUCUAAACCUAAUUUCUGCCAAAUAGCUUGCUAAUUUUCCCAGCAGUUCUUAUUGUAUAAGGAAUCGCUUCCUAAGUAAUGUAUGUUUUCAGGUUUAUUGAACCCUGUAUUACUGAGUUCAAUGGUUUCUUAUUCUUCUUCAUCCAGCCUUUCCUAUCAAUUUAUUUUCCAUUUUAAAACUACUACCAAAUGUAUUUGAUGAUUACUACUUGAUUGAUAGUUUAAGCACUGGGAGUGCUAGUCUUCCUUCAUUCUUACCUUUUCCAUCAUUUCUCUUUAUACUAUAGGCCUUUUGUUCCUCCAGAUGAAUUUUAUUAAUUUGUCUAGCUCUAGAAAGGACCCUCUUGGAAAUUUGACUGGUGGAACACUCAAUUUGGAAAUUAGCUUUAUUAGCAUUAUGAUUUUUCUUCUGUUGCCAUAAUCUAGCUAUGACCACUGGAUAUUCCUCUAGGUAUUUAAUUUCUUUAUUUCUUUAAAUAACAUUUAAAAAAUGAAUCUAUGUAGGUAUUGGGUGUGCUUUGUUAGACUGAUUCCCAAA